CAAACCAACUUUAUCUUCUAUCAAAACGAAGCAAAUCUUAGGCUCCCGCUAUCCCUUCGAAAAUGCAAACUCUUCAAAGUUGUUCUUCUUUCUUCUUCACAUUCCCUUCAUCUCCUAAAACCCUCCUUAAACCCCAUUUUUCUAAACCCCAUUCUCUUUCUUUCUUCAACUUCAAGGCUUCUACAACUCCUUCCUCUCUUACCCUUCAUUGUUUCAGUUCAGAUGAAUAUCCAGUAGGUGAUGACGACGCAUUUCUCGAAGCAUUCGGUCCCAAAGAGAAACAAUCCGAAGAAGAAGCCCGUUACCAAAACUGGGUCGAACGUGGUUGGGCCCCAUGGGAAGAAAUCCUCUCACCUGAAGCUGAUUUCGCCAGAAAAUCACUUAAUGAAGGUGAAGAAGUAGCACUUCAAUCACCUGAAGCAAUUGAAGCUUUUAAAAUGCUUAGUCCAAAUUACAGGAAAAAAAAGAUUGAAGAAAUGGGUAUAACUGAAGAUGAGUAUUAUGCUAAGCAAUUUGAGAUUAAAGGGGAAAUACCUGAGCCUUUGGAAACUAUGUGGGCUGGGCCAUUGGUGGUUCGACACGUGCCGCCUAGGGAUUGGCCACCGAGGGGGUGGGUUGUUGAUAAGAAGGAAUUGGAGUUUAUUAGGGAAGCUCAUAAGAUGAUGUCUGUGAGAGUUGAUUAUGAUAAAGUGGAGGAGAUGGUGAAAAUGGAAACUGAUGAUAUGAGUUUGGAAAGGUAUAAGAUGUUUUUGAAGCAGUAUAAUGAGUGGGUAGCUGCUAACAAGGAUAGAUUGGAAGAAGAAUCAUAUAAGUAUGACCAGGACUAUUAUCCUGGAAGGAGAAAAAGAGGAAAGGAUUACCAAGAUGGAAUGUAUGAACUCCCAUUUUACUACCCAGGACAAAUUUGUGCGGGUAAAGUUACAGCCAUACAUCUUUAUCAAGGAGCAUUUGUUGACAUUGGAGGUGUUCAUGAUGGAUGGGUUCCAAUAAAACGAAAUGACUGGUUUUGGAUCCGCCAUCACAUAAAAGUCGGUAUGCAUGUCACAGUUGAAAUUCUGGCUAAACGUGAUCCUUACAGGUUUCGGUUCCCUAUUGAGAUGCGCUUUGUUGAUCCUAACAUAGAUCACCUAAUCUUUAAUAGAUUCGAUUCUGCGCCUAUAUUUCACCGUGAAGAGGAUACAAAUCUUGAUGAAUUGCGUCGUGACUGUGGAAGACAACCUAUUCCUAGAAAAGACCCUGGAGUCAAAGUCGAAGAAGAGCCACUACUAUCAAAUCACCCUUAUGUGGACAAGUUAUGGCAGAUCCAUAAUGCUGAACAAAUGAUUCUGGAUGACAUGGAGGCAAAUCCUGAUAAAUAUGAAGGCAAAAAAUUGACAGAGUUAGCCGAUGAUGAAGAUUUUGAUGAAGAAAAUAGCAUUGAAUACUCCAAAGCUUAUUAUAAGAAAGCUCUGCUUACCAAGAUGAUUACAAAAGUCAGCGUAAAAGAGCUUGACUUGGAAGCUGCACUUGCUGAGCGUAAGCACCAUAAUAAACUGAGAAUGGAAGCAAAAGAACGAGGAGAGGUGUACAAAAUUCCCAAGCUGAGACGAAAUAUUGAGAUGGAUGAAUACGAUUUUAUCCAUUGGCGUCGGUCCCUUGAGGAAAGAGAGGCUCUGUUAAGAGAUAUAAGCUGUCGCCGAGCCCUUGGGCUCCCACUGGAAGAGCCUGGUAGGUAUGUGGAUCCAAGUGCUUUCGGAAAGGAUCAGUAUGAUCCUGAAAGUCCCUUGUAUAGAUAUGACUACUGGGGCGAGCCAAAGAACUCAGAGAAGAGCAAGCAGGAGCGAAUGACGGAUGCUCACAAUAAAUCUAUUGUUGGCAAAGGUACUGUUUGGUAUGAGAUGUCAUAUGAUGAUGCCAUCAAGGAGCGGAUGCAGAUGGAGGCCCAAGGAUUUGUGCGGGAGUUAUAUGAUGAAGAUUCUGACAGCGAUACAGAUGAUGAAGACGAUGAUGAGGAAGACUUUGAUUACAGCAUCCUAGGCGACCCAAGCGCAAAUAUAGCCAAUCAACCUUAUGUCAAUGGGACUGAAUCUUCUCGGCUAUCGGAUGAAGGAAUGUUUGAAGAUUAGGUGACAAAUAAGAGACUGAUUAGCAGUACUGUAUUGGUAGUUUGUACAGGUAGGUACAUUAUCAAAACGGAUGCAAUUUUCGUAGUUUUUUUUUUUUUUUUUUUUCAUUUUUCAUUUUGGUAUGUGCUAAAGGGGGUUUGGUUUUGUUGCACCUGGAGAAAUGUAUUUGUUCUGUGCCUUGGUAGAAAAGAAACAAUUUUGCAAUCAAUUAUGCCCUGUUGGUUUUGUUGUCUUCA